UUAUGGUAAAAGUGUCAAAACGGUUGAACUCAAAAACUCCAAAAAAUCAUUCGACUUUUCCAAAAUGGAGUCCUCUUGCAAGUACCCGUUGCAGUUAUCUUCAGUGUCUGAGGAAUAUGCAGCCCAGUAUGAGGAAAGUUUAAAGAACCCAGAACAGUUCUGGGGUCACCUGGCCCGUACCCGACUGCGCUGGAUCAAAGAGUUUGACCAGGUCAUGGACUGUGAUAUGAACAAAGGCAGCUUCAAGUGGUUUCAAGGAGGUGUCAUCAAUGUCUCAGAAAAUUGUUUGGAUCGCCAUGCUGAGAGGAACCCAGACAAGGCGGCCUUGAUUUGGGAGAAGGACGAGCCAGGAGAGCAGGAGGUGGUCUCUUACAGCACUCUACUGGACAUGACGUGCCAGGUUGCCAAUGUCCUCAAGAAGGAUGGGGUCAAGAAGGGAGACCGAGUGGCCAUCUACAUGCCUGUAUCACCACUGUUAGUCGCCGCCAUGUUGGCUUGUGCUAGAAUUGGAGCUAUUCAUAGCAUUGUGUUCGGAGGGUUUAGUGCUGAGUCUCUGGGAAGCAGGAUCAUUGAUGGUUCUUGCAGUGUGGUGUUCACGGCGGACCAGGGUGUGAGAGGUGGCAAGGUGAUUCCCCUCAAGCAGACAGUGGACGAGGCUCUCAAGGGCUGUGACUGUGUCCGUAGAGUGUUUGUGGCCAGGAGGACUGGAGCUAAAGUGCCCUUCACUGAAGGCAGGGAUGUGUGGCUGGACGAAGCCAUGUCCCAGGAAUCAACGGUGUGUCCCCCAGAGCCUCUAGACAGUGAGGACAUUCUGUUUAUGCUCUACACGUCCGGCAGCACUGGAAAGCCUAAGGGCAUUGUUCACACUCAAGCCGGAUACCUCCUCUACGCCUCCAUGACACAGCAGUAUGCGUUCGACUUCCGGUCUGAGAGUGAUGUGUUUGCAUGUGUGGCUGACAUAGGUUGGAUCACUGGCCACUCCUACGUUGUCUACGGUCCACUGUGUAACGGAGGCACCACGGUACUAUUUGAGAGUCACCCCAUCUACCCCAACCCAGGGCGCUACUGGGAGAUGGUCGAACGACUCAAGAUCACACACUUCUACACAGCACCCACUGCCAUCAGACUGCUCAUCAAGUACGGAGACGACUGGGUGACAAAGUACAACAGAUCCACACUUAGAAUCCUUGGAUGUGUUGGUGAGCCGCUGAACAGGGAGGCGUGGCUGUGGUACAACAAUGUGGUGGGCAGGGAGAAGUGCACUGUGGUCGACACCUACUGGCAGACAGAAACUGGAGGGAUCACCAUCACCCCCCGUCCUGGUCCUGACAAUUCCCCACCCAAACCAGGCUUUCCCACACGACCAUUCUGGGGCAUGGAGCCAGCUCUGCUCAGUCUAGAGAAUGAAGUCCAGCACGGUCCCGAUGUGUCGGGUCACCUGUGCUUCAAGAGACCAUGGCCAGGCAUAGCUCGCACCAUCUGGGGCAGCCACGAGGCUUAUCUCCGCAUCUACUUUGAGCCGCACCCAGGUUACUACUUCACUGGUGACGGUGCACUGAGAGAUAAGGAGAACGAUUACCGGAUAACAGGACGUGUGGACGACAUGCUCAACAGCAAGGGGCAUCGACUGGGCACUGCAGAGCUGGAGUGUGCCAUGAAUCAUGAGCCACAGGUAGCAGAAACAGCUGUUGUUGGGUACCCUCAUGAAAUAUUUGGAGAAGGUAUAAUGGCGUUUGUUAUUCUCAAAUCUGACGUGGAGAUAAAGGACAAAGACAUUGUGGGCUCACUCAAAGAACUAGUCAAGAAAAAAAUUGCAGCCUUUGCAAUACCUACAGCUUUCUUAGUUGUACCCGGUCUUCCCAAAACUCGCUCUGGUAAAAUAAUGCGACGAGUGCUGAGAAAGAUCGCAGCUGAUAAAGCUUCUGAAUUAGGAGACGUCUCUACCCUUGCCGACCCGUCUAUUGUCAAGCAGAUUGUCGAGAUCUACAAGACCAAACUGAUCGAGACAUAAACGGAGAAACUGCCCACCUACAUGUACAUGUACCAUUUAUAAUAAACUUGCCUCCAUACUCCUUUAGUAGUAACUACAUGACCAUUUUAGAGUAUAAUUAGCUAGCUAUAGCUUGAGUUUUUACUUUUGACAUUCUUUUAUUAGAAACAUGAGAUUAUUGAUUUUAACAUUAUUAUUAUUAUACACA